UACUGUUAUAUAUUUAAUAAACCACGAUGCGCGUAAAGCAGAUCAUUCAUAGAGGGCAAAUCUUAAUUUUAACCUUACAAAAAUUAAAAAAGCAUAUUUCCGACAAGUUCACUCUUAGAGAUAGUGAUGUGUGGCUUAGGAGACUAAAUAAAAAUAUUGAAUCUUGCAACCAAAUCGUUUCUAACGAAAAGGAUUUAUCUAUUGGGUUAAAAAGAAAAUUACAAACUACAAUUCAACAUCUGAAAGCUAUUAGAAAAAUUAUUCUUAAUUAUCAACAUAAGCAUUUUGGAUUGGGAUUACAAAGUAGUAGCCGCGAGACAAACACAAAUGAAAUGGUUGUAUGGGAAUCGGUAGCGUCGUGUUUCCAGGGAAGAGUUCAGACCGGUGUCAUAAUUAAUUUACUUCAUAAAGAUUUAAUUCAAUUUUUAAACGAUUCUCGUCCAAUAUUUCAACAAAAAAUUAGUCAAAUUUUAAAGAAAUUUUUAUUGCUGAAAGUAAAUACCACAUUUUGCGGUGAAUUUAUUAAGGCAAAAAAUGAUGUCCAAGGCGAAGUUGAUGUUAAAUAUCUGAGUACCGGAAAUGCUGUAGUUGAUUUAGGAACAGAAUUGAAUGAUUGGUUUGUUGAAAAUGUCCAAGAUAAAAUUUUAAAUCAAAUGUCAGAGUUUCAGGAACGUGAUUCCGGGUGGGCUUUAAAUAAUAUUAUUUAUUUAGAGAUUAACAUUAAUAAAUUUGAAAUGGGUAACGGAUCAUCCUUCGUUGUGCGACAUUGACCAAAUUAUGUUUAUCGAGCGGGCUAUACGAGGUGGAAUUUCGGUGUGUGUUGGUAGAUAUGCGGAGGCCAACAAUAAAUAUAUGCCCAACUACGAUUCAUCCAGGGAUGAUUCCUAUAUCAUGUACUUUGACGUCAAUAACCUCUAUGGCAAGGCCAUGUGCGAGCCUCUUCCUUACGGAGGAUUCGACUGGAUGUCUCAUCAAGAGAUUGAUUCAUUUAAUGUCAUGAACAUUCCAGAUGAAUCUUCCCAAGGAUAUAUCCUAGAGGUAGACCUGGAAUACCCGCAGAAAUUACAUGACACACAUAGAGAUUUUCCAUUUUGUGCCGAACAUCGAGUGCCCCCCAAUUCAAAGUUACCAAAACUAAUGACUACUUUGUAUAAUAAAGAAAAAUACGUCAUACACUAUCGCAAUUUAAAACAGGCUCUCAAAAACGGUCUCGUACUAAAGAAAAUUCACAAAAUAUUAAAAUUUAACCAAUCUCGUUGGUUGAAAUGUUAUAUCGAUCAUAAUAAUAAAUUAAGAACCCAAGCAAAGACAAAAUUUGGUAUAAAUUUAUACAAAUUGUUUAAUAAUGCCGCUUACGGUAAAACAAUGGAAAACAUUCGCAAGCAUCGUAUUGUUAAAUUUGUUAAAGCGUGGGAUGGUCGCUACGGUGCGAAAAAUUUAAUUUCUAGUCCUAGAUUUCACAGUAGAACAAUACUUGAUAACAAUUUGUUGCUUAUAGAAUUAAAAAAAUCGGAACUUUGCUUUAAUAAGCCACUUUAUAUUGGAAUGUCCAUAUUGGAUUUGUCGAAAACGACCAUGUACGAGUUUCAUUAUAAUUACAUGCUUCCAAAUUUGGGUCCCGAAAAAUGUAAAAUUCAAUACAUGGAUACGGACAGUUUCAUUUAUAAUAUCAAAUGUUAUGACGCAUAUGAAAGCGUUAUUAAGGCCGAUUUAACAAAAUUUGACACGUCUGAUUAUCCUAAUGACAAUCCCUAUAAUAUACCGCAAAUCAACAAAAAGGUUUUGGGGUUGAUGAAGGAUGAGACUAAUGGCACCAUCAUUAGUCAUUAUGCUGGGUUAAGGUCGAAAAUGUAUACUUUCAAAAUUUUAACGGGUUCGGUAGUUAAAAAGUCAAAGGGUAUUCAGUACAAUAUUGUAAAAAAUAAAAUUUCAUUUGAUGACUACGUAGAAUGCUUAACAAAUUUUAGGGAAAAGUACGCCACUCAACGAACCAUUCGUUCAUACACUCACAAUGUAUUUAGCAUCGAACAAACAAAACUUGCCUUGAGUCCUUUAGACGAUAAACGUUAUCUUUUGCCGAAUUCAUAUGAAACGCUUCCGUGGGGACAUUAUAAAGUGCCGUAAUUAUUUUUUAAUAUAUUUUUGUUACAGAUUAUGGUCAAACAACUUACAUUAGAAAGCCUUUGUAUUAUAACAAUUUGCGAAAAUAUUAGGUGUAGUGCUGAUUUUUUGCAUGGAGGUACCUUAAACAACUAGCGCUCCAGUCUGAUGGCAAUUCUUUAUUAAAUUUAGAAUUCAUUCUGUUGAAUAAGAGAUUUGGAUCGUCUUACAGAAAUAGCAUUUUGGCAACUCCAACCAUUGAUUUUGACGGAGAAUCCGCUUACUGUUUAUGGGUCAGUUAUUACAGGAUAAAAUAUUCGGAAAUUUUAGUUUGUAAAUCUUGUCACUUUAUAUUUCAAGUAGUUAAAAAAUUUAAAAAGAAAAAUUUUAGACUUUUAUUGGAUCACUAUCAUUUACAGCUGGAUAUAAAUAAUUUGAAUGAUGUAUAUCACGAUAAACAAUUUUGGUGUCAAAGCUGCUUUGAAGAAGUUUUGUUCACUGUAGAAACUGAAGAUGAAUGUAAUUUAAUGCUUCACAAUGAGAGGAAAUAUGGAAAAAAGUUACGCUUUUCUGAUAGUCCAUUGAACUAUUUAUAAUGUGGUUUUAUUAUAACAUAUGUAACUGUAGAUAAGACUUUUAUGUAUUGAUUGUAUUCCAUUGUAUUGCAACAAGAAUAAACAUGUAUAUAUUUA